CAAGAACAUCAGCAGCCACAGCUAUGAAGUUCCAAGCUCUUUUCUUUCUUCUGAUCCUCACCUGCAUGUACCUGAGUCUUGCACAAGGCUCGUUUGGCAACUGCUGUCUCGGCCAUGUUGGAGCGAUUAAACAAAAGGCAAAGAAAAAUAUUGAAAGUUACAGAGUACAGGAAACAGAUGGUGAUUGCAACAUCAGCGCUGUUGUGUUUCUGAUAAAGAAGCAUAAAAGAGAGUGGACUGUUUGUGCCAAUCCAAAUGAGAGUUGGGUCCAGGAGCUGAUGGAGACUUUGGAUAGGAGGAUGAAGAAUUAGACCACUUAAAGGAGAGAAAGAAAGAAUGGGAGAGAGGAGAGCAGAUGUUUCAGGCAUCAUAUAUCACCUUUAACCACAUGAAUUAUGUUUUAGUAGAGUUGGUAUUUCCUGUGCUGACAGAGAAUGUAAAUGUACACGGUUCACUAUAACACGAACAUACCAUAUCCUCAAUGUUAUUAGCCAGUAUAGCAAAAUUCAUUUAUAUGAUUCUGUUCUUUUCUCUGUGAAUUCAUAUACGUAGCACUUGCUAGGAAUGAGCCACUGUUUGGCAGCUUUGAAAUGUAUUUGCAGUCUGUUUGUGCGCGAGUGUGUGUGUGUGUGUGUGUGUGUGUGUGUGAGAACACUUUGGGGAUAAGUUGAGAGUUUGUUUUUUUACGACAGAUUUCCAUAUUUUUAUAUCAGCAUUAUACAGUAAUUGUACUUUGUGUCUUUCUUUAUGAAAUAAAGAGCGAUACAAACCAGA